UCUGUUUGUCCUGUUUUUCAAGUUGCUUACACAUAUUUGAAACCCCAAAAUUUGAUACAUGCUCUUCACAGAUAUUUUUCUCUGAAAUUAAAUCACAAAUCCUAAGUAAUAAAUAUACAUUAGUAUGUAGUAAGUAGUAUCCUCCAAGUUUGGUUUUGAGUGAUCAAAUUUUGUUAGCUGCUCUAUUCUCCUUCUCCCACCAAACAUGAAACUUGGAAGUUGAUUGUGACUACUGAUUAUCCACUGCUCAACAUCAAUGUUGUACGGAUUCACCACUUUCUGUGUUUAUGUCUAUUAUUUAUUAUCAAGUCAUGUCUUCAGAAUAUAUAGCUUUUUGCUCAAAUAGUUUCUUCAGUACGUAAAAAACACAGUGUUGAUUCCAUUCCCCUUCAUACUUAUCCUUUUCUCUCUUCUUUCACUGUUGUGGUGAGAUUCACAUCUCACACGCCUCAUCAAUUUUCCAAUUAUUAAAGUUAGACACAUCACACACACAUACACACAAAAAAGGACUCAUCAUAGAUAUAUAUAUACUUAUCCAAAAUCCAAAUAACUUUCUCUACCAUUAUUAUGUCAAACUCAAUGACCCAUCAAAAUCAAUUUGAGAACCACCAAGAGCUAAUAAGUUGUUAUGGUUCUUCUUCUUUGAGAAACAACAACAAUGCAGCAUAUCCUCACGAAACACUAACAUAUCCUAACAUUGAAUCAAUUGGAGACAGAAUAAUAUCAAGAACAGUGAACCUAGUGCAAGGUUCUGAAUCUGAAAUGAGCCACACAAGACAUUUGAUGGAUCUUUUAGGCGCAGCAAACGAGAACAAUCACCAGCAACAAGGCCUAUCCCUUUCAUUAAACUCUCACAUGUUUGUUGAUGAAUACAACAGACACCGUUCCUUAAAUCAAGCUCUCAUCAACCCAAGUUACUUCAUGUCACAACCACAAGAGACAACAAGGGAUGAAACUUGUAAUCAUCAACCUGUUGAGAAUUUAACAAGUGACUAUUUUUUCAGUGGUGGAAAUUUUCCAUCUUCUUCUAAUAACAACAACUCAAUAUUGAACAACCGUUCUCCUUCCACUUCUUAUGGACCUGAGUCUUUUGCUGCUAUUAUUGGAAACUCUAGAUACCUCAAACCUGUACAGUCACUUCUUGAAGAUCUUGUUGAUGUUGGUGGAAAUGUGAUUGAUAGAAUGAACGAAAAGUAUGCUGAGAAGUUGUUUCAUGGGAGUAGAACAGGUGCCAGGACACUGUCCUCAGAGCUUAAAGCUGAGUUGAGGAAUAAUGGACAUUUAUUGGCUGAUAAACAUGAACAUCAAAUCAAAAUUGCAAAGUUGAUUGCUUUGUUGGAUGAGGUUGAGAGUAGAUAUGAGAAAUACUACCAUCAAAUGGAAGAAGUAGUGUCAUCUUUUGAAAUGAUAGCAGGUCUAGGAGCUGCAAAAUGUUACACUGCUUUGGCACUUCAAGCUAUGUCUAGACAUUUUUGUAGCUUAAGAGAUGCAAUAAUGUCACAAAUAAAUGUUGAGAAAAGAAAACUGUUUCAAGAUUUACCUAAAAUCAAUAAUGGAUUAUCUCAACUUAGCUUAUUUGAGAGAGAUAGUAGACAGAAUAGAAUGUCUCUUCAACAACUUGGAGUUAUUCAAAACCAAAGGCAAGUAUGGAGACCUAUUAGAGGGUUGCCUGAAACCUCUGUUGCAAUUCUUCGUGCUUGGCUCUUUGAACACUUUCUUCACCCCUAUCCUAAUGAUUCAGAGAAGUUAAUGCUGGCUUCCCAAACAGGUUUAACUAAAAAUCAAGUCUCAAAUUGGUUCAUAAAUGCUCGAGUACGGUUAUGGAAACCAAUGAUAGAAGAAAUGUACAAAGAAGAGUUUGGAGACUCUUCUGAAGAUUCCAACCCACCUGCGAACAAUUUUAUGUCAAGGGAUGAUGUCACAGAUUGUGUGGAGGACUGAAUUAAAACCACAGUGGAUAAAAAAAAAAUUGGCCUUCACAAUUAAUUUUCUCCAAAAUCAGGAGAGAAAAUAUUAUUAUGUAAGAUUACAAGAUGAGCCAAUAUGUUUUGAGGUGAAUUUAUAGUUUUUGAAAUUCAUGAUUAAUGAUGUUCAUUAGAUUAGUAACCAGUCCACCGUUUUGGCCCAUCUUGAGGAUUUUAUUGUCUCAUGUCAGGUUUGAUAUUUAUACUCUGUUUAUAAAUACUAUUAGCACUAACAAAUUCA